AUGUCACAGGUGGAGGGACGGGCAACCCCAGUCAACCUGCCUUCCUCCAGGGGCACGAGCACGCCAGGGUCUCCUGCAACCGGCAUCACGGCCCGGGUGAACGACCAGGUGGUGGGCUACAGAGACCUGGCUGCUCUGCCCAGAGAUAAAGCCAUCCUGCAGGUGGAGAGGCCGGACCUGAUGACUUACCAGCCACACCUGAGCUUCUCCCCGCUCGACCAGCCGCGCAGAGAGCGUUCUCUGUCUCCUCCUCCGUCAUCUCCUCCCAGAUCUCCUGAGUUGAAGCCGCGCAGAGCAGAAAGUGAGAGCGGUUCACCUGGAGGAUCCACGCUGCAGCUGCAGGCCGGACGUAAAAUCAGCGCCAGCCAUCAGCACUUCCACAGACCAGAUAACGGCAUGAACAUCUACAGGAAACCUCCUAUCUACAAACAAGAUGUGAACAAACCUGUGGAGGGACGCGGCGUCAUCCAGUCCGCGAAGUUUCCCGCAGCUCAGCCCCCAGACCCCAACCUGCCGUCCAAGAUAGAGACCGAGUACUGGCCCUGCCCCCCCUCCCUCGCCUCCAUGGAGAUCGAGUGGAGGAAGAAGAAGCUGCAGGAGGAAGACGAUGAGUUUGAAGACCUGACGGACGAAGCAAGGACGCUGCAGGAGCAGGAGCUAGAGAAGAUCAAGUCCAACCUGGGUCGUCUGAUCCUCAAGGAGGAGAAGGAGAAGGCGAUUCAUUUCCGGAGGAAGACUCAGUCGCUGCCCGACAGAACACACAUGCACACCAGUUUGUCAGCGAGCGCAUCAAAGUCUCCUUCACACUCGGGCCCAGGACUCACCAGAAUGCAGUCUGCAGAGUUUUCCACAGAUGGAGAUAAAGGAGGUCCAGCGGCUCAGAACGGAGAGUCUCGGAGGGACAGGAUGGACAGAGGAAACUCUCUGCCGAGUAUCCUGGAGCAGAAGAUUUAUCCGUAUGAAGCUCUGAUUGUGACCCACAGGGGGCGCUGUAAGCUGCCGCCAGGAGUCGACCGCACUCGACUGGAGAGGCAUCUCUCUCCGGAGCAGUUCUUGGAGCUGUUCGGGAUGCCGAUUGCUGAGUUCGACCGCCUCUCUCUGUGGAGACGAAACGAACUGAAGAAGAAAGCCUCGCUUUUCUAACAGGAAGUGACCUCAUGCCUCUGAAAUACUUGAUGAACCGCCGGAGAACAUCAUCAGUCAGACAAACAAACCAAGCGACUCGCCACGUUCAAACACCACAUCCUACAUCUUACUAACCAAUCACGACCCUGGAUGUGUGCUGCCCCCCCCCCCGAGGAUCAGAGUUAACUGAAGGCUGGCCCUGAUUAACCCUUUACUCUGACUAACCCGACCCGAUGCACUGACACUCAUAUUACCUGUGCUGCACUUAUAAUCACCACUGCUUGCAACCAUCCUCGUUAUGUGUCCACUCAUCUUCAUCCUCAUCUUCAUCUUCAUCAUACCUGUGUUCUAGGUUCACUCAGCUCCAGAGGGCUGAACCAGCACGUCAGGGGAGCAGCUAUCCAACUCGUCUGGUGUCAUGAAGUUCACAUUUAACAGCGGCAGAUACACAAGGUUAAAGGUCGAUCACGACGUCCCCCCCCUCGGGUUAGAAUCAACGACCUGACGACAACGAAUCACAAAAACAAAUUCAGUCUGGACCAAAGAAAACUUCUGCCACAUCACCCGUUAGUCUGUCGAUUUAAAGGCGUCCAAUUUUAGUGGUGUAAAUAAUGGAUGGAUGACCCGGAGGAUUUUUCUCACUCCUGGAUGCGAGCUAGUUAUUAUCUGGACUAGUUAAAACCAGCUUCAUGACACCAGUCAUCCUCAGACCACCAAUAAGAAACCGACUUCCUGUUUCGGUCCUCUGGCGUUUGUGCUCUAACUUGAAUAAACAGCGGAUCAACGUCACGUCACGUCUGAAAACAUGUAACUGAUUGUAAUAUCUAUUUAUUAAGUGGAGCUUUGUAUUUAUUGGAGGAUUGUAAUUUUUACGACGCUCUUAUUUUGAAAAUAUUCUUAUUGAUGUACAGUUGUUUUUCUUGCUUUAACGUUUCCUCUCACAGUUUAACAACAGUUCUGACCUCUUAAAGGAGCAGGUCGCACUAAUCCACGUUAUCGUCUUUGUAUCGGAUCGUGUCCGGAGGUAGAAAAAAACGUCUCUCUGCCGCCGGCUUCUUCCUCAUGCUUUUAUUCUGCCGACACCUUCACACCAUCAGUCCUCAUUGUUUCUGUACGACGUAAAGGAUCAAAUAAAUCUGAGAAAACUA